AUGGCAAAUCAGCAAGUGGGCACGGUAUACGACCGUGUCAUCCAAGAGGUAUGCGAGGCAUCGCGAGUCGACUUUGAAGAAGGCGGAGUCGACCAACAGACUCUGGAAGAGAUGCGACGGAGCUGGCAGCAAAAACUUUCUUCCCUAGGUGUCGCUCAUUUCCCCUGGGAUCCUCCUCUGAGGCAGACCCCCCCACCUGCGCAGCCUCCCAGUCAACAAAUACUCCCUCCAGCUGCCACAGUACCAUCAAAUGCACCACGGCCGACGCCUCCACCUGCACAACCAGCGGUGACACUCCCGCCUCCAGUCUCUACAGAAGAUAACACCCCGAUCAUCAAAACUGAGCCGGGUCUCAACGGACAGCAUGUCGGAAUUUCAGCGAACGGAGGACCCUCGGGCCCACUUGAUGCUCAGGCACUCGCUCGGGAACGUGCAAUGAGUAACUUGCACUCAAAGUAUGGUGCCGCCGCAGCAAAUUCAGUGAGUCAGUUGCAAGCCCAGAGUCAAGCCGCUCUCUCCUUGCCUGGACAACAACGUCCUCAGAACGGUAUACCUCAAGAUGUGAAACCCAUUGUUCAGCAACCAUACCCAGGUAUAGCACCACCCCAAGGUGUCUCCUAUCCCCCGCAAACUGAUGGUGCCCAUGACGAUGCGCUCGCUCAAUGGAAAGCGGAAGUCGCUCACCGACGCGAACUUGCUAAACGCAACAACGGCGAAGGUGAUCGGAUGUUGAUGGCACAACUGAAAAUGGACGCUCUACGUCUUGAAGGUGGUGGCCUUAUGGUCCCACUUGAUGAGCGUUCUUCGUCUGGUCUACCAGCAAGAAUAAGUUCAGAUCCAACGGCAGCUUCUGCCCAGACGGAUGGUCCAGCCGAUGACGAGGAUGACGAGGAUGCUAUCAACUCCGACCUUGAUGAUCCUGAUGACCUGGUGAAUGAAGAUCCUGAAGGCGACGAAGCAGUCGGAGAGGUCAUGCUUUGCACUUAUGAUAAGGUCCAGCGUGUGAAGAAUAAGUGGAAGUGUACCUUGAAAGACGGCAUCCUCUCCACGGGCGGUAAAGAAUACGUCUUUCACAAAGGACAAGGUGAAUUCGAGUGGUAG